AUGGCUGUAUCCCUUCAGACCUUGUUUUCUUUGCUGCUUCUGGGCCUGUUCAGCAAUACUGGGAGAGCACAGCGCAACCCCGAGGUAUUCUGUGGAGCAUGUAGGGCUCUUGCUGAUGAGUUGGAGUAUGAGAUCAAGAAAAUUGGACCAAGAAGGACUGUAAAUUCGGGGACAUUUCGAAUCAACCCUGAUGGCACGCGAGGGAAAAAAAAGAUUCCUUUUGCAAAGUCAGAGACCUUCUUAACAGACAUUUUGGAAAAUAUAUGCGAUCGGAUGAAUGAUUAUAAACUUGAGGAUGAUCCUGUAACUAAGAAAAAGAUAUUCAAGAGAUAUGCUCCGAGGAAGGAUGAGGAAAUAUAUCCAAUAUAUAAACAAUAUUUCUUUUAUUCUGAUGCUUAUAAACCCUUGAAAUAUGCGUGUGAAACUAUCAUAGAACAGUAUGAAGAUGAAAUAAUGUCAGUUAUCACUCGGGAGUCACACUCUCUGGCUGACAAGCUGUGCACUGAAAAAUCAGGUCUUUGUCAAGAAGCUGAGAUGCACAGUGAAUUCUAA